AAUGGGGCUCCUUAGCUACCGGUCGGAGACGAGCGACUCUGAGCAUGACCCGGCCGCAGGCGAGGAGGAAGAGGAGGAAACCACUGCCAAAGAUGGAGAAGCGGCGCAGGGUGGAGAGACUUCCGGGUCAGCGCCAUUGGUGAAUGGCGGAGUUCCUCCGACCGGAGGAAUGGGCUCCGUGGAAACUGGGUCUUCCCGCCACGGUAAAUGUGGGGACCCGCUAGAAAUCCCAGGCAGAGGAAGCCUGGGAACGUGGGGUUCGGCAGGGCACCAGAAGCGCCCCCCUACUCGCGGGGAAUCCCAUUUAGGGGCUCCAGAGCGAAGUGGGGUGAGAAGCGCGGUGCUGCGAACUGACUGCUAUUUUCACGGAGUGAAGCCGCACAGCCAUUGCCGGAGAGCGCUGACUUUUUCCUGUGGACAAUUGGAUUUAAAACAAGUACCCGUGAGUAGAAACGGAAAAUUGGAUCAAGAAAUUUCUUAAUUUGGUAUCGAAGCGGGAAGGUGCAAAACAGGAAGUCCACCUUCCGCUUGUUGUAUAUAGACUAAAGCAAAAACUUUGUAAGCUAAAGCCGGGAAAGCUGUCAAAAAAGUCUAAAUUUCCUUCAUUCAGAAUCACUGAAACCCCCCUUGGAAGCAGGAGGAAAGGGGGGGGGGACUGUGUUUAACCCUAGCAGGAGAGGGAGUGAAGAAGGAUAAGUUUCCACCGUCUCUAACCUGGGAACGGGGUGUCAGAGACAGAAACUGUUGGAGAGGUUCAUUGACUGUGAAUGGAAUAUUUUGACAGAUAGCUAACGAAGAGAAACAAGUUGAUUCUAAUGUUGCCUUUUGCAUUUUAAAGAAACAAAAUAUCUGAAAAAUAUCUGAAAUAUCUGAAAAUGAAAGUAACUUUCCUUUGUCUUUAAAAAAAAAAUGGAUACAAAUAGAAAUUGUCUCCUCUAGAGGGAGCUUGUUAAAUUGUUGCUGCAGUAUACUUGAGGACCCAACAUCUGUGAGAUUAAGAUCGUGGGAACAGUCUUUUCUGACCUUGACCAAAGAUGAGCUGGGAGGAAGAUUGGGUGCUUGCUUUAUGCAAGACAAAUGCCUUGCUGGAACAGAUGCACGAGAAGAUGGACUUGAUGAAUGAGAAAAUGGAUUUGACUGUUGUGGUUAAUAACUGUGGACAAACAGGGAACAUUGAUACAGAAAUCAUCUGGGGACCAACCUAUGAAUCUGUACUGACUGGGCAAGUGCAGAUGACAAUGGAGGAGGAUGCGGUUGCACCUCAAAUAAUACAAAUGGAGAGACCCGAGGCCCUACAGGAGCAUAAGCCGCUGUCAUUGAAGAUUGAAGCUGGAGUGGGCCAGGGGGAGUUUGGAGCUGAGGAGGUUCCUAACCAUGGAGAGACCUUGAAAUAUGAUUUUAUUUUAUUUUUUUUUAAAAAAAAUAUUUAUUGGUUUUACAAGAAAAAUUUCCAAAAAAAAAAAAAAAAUACAAAAUACAGAAUUACAAAAAUUCAACAAACAAAAAACAACAAUAACCAUGACAAAAGACAAACAGAAAUAACAGUAUCCAUAACAAAAAAAGAAAAAGGAAAAAAGAAAAAGAGACAAAGAUAUUCAAAGAAUAUUAUACUUUCAUUUAUCCUUCUUAUCUUUACCUGGUUCUUUGACUUCCCCGCACCUCCCCGCUUGUAUUUCCAUUUAAGAACUCCUUUCAGCAAAUCCUUACCCUCCUUUCAUUAUCUUAACUCAGAAAACUUAAUCUAUUUAUAUAUAAAUAUUUUUACAACCUUAUCAGUCAAAUAUUCCAUACUCUUAAUCCCAAGGCUUUUGCCAAUACCAGUUAUUUUCAAUCAAACUUCAAUUUAACAUUCAUUAAUUUUAUAGUAUUUCUGUAGAUAGACUUUAAAUUUCUUCCAAUCUUCUUCCACCGACUCUUCUCCCUGGUCACGGAUUCUGCCAGUCAUCUCCGCCAGUUCCAUAUAUUCGAUUACCUUCAUCUGCCAUUCUUCCAGAGUGGGUAAGUCCUGUGUCUUCCAAUACUUUGCGAUGAGUAUUCUUGCUGCUGCUGUUGCAUACAUAAAGAAAAUUCUAUCUUUCUUUGGCACCAAUUGGCCAACAAUGCCCAAGAGGAAGGCCUCUGGUUUCUUUAAGAAGGUAUACUUAAAUACCUUUUUCAACUCAUUAUAUAUCAUUUCCCAGAAGGCCUUAAUCUUUGGGCACGUCCACCAAAGGUGAAAGAAUGUACCUUCAGUUUCCUUACAUUUCCAACAUUUAUUAUCGGGCAAAUGGUAGAUUUUUGCAAGCUUAACUGGGGUCAUGUACCACCUGUACACCAUUUUCAUAAUAUUCUCUUUUAGAGCAUUACAUGCUGUGAACUUCGUACCUGUGGUCCAUAACCAUUCCCAGUCAGCAAACAUGAUGUUAUGUCCAAUAUCCUGUGCCCAUUUAAUCAUAGCAGAUUUUACCGUUUCAUCCUGAGUAUUCCAUUUUAGCAGCAAGUUAUACAUUCUUGAAAGUGUUUUAGUUUUGGGAUCUAGCAAUUCUGUUUCCAACUUUGAUUUUUCCACCUGGAAGCCAAUUUUUCUAUCCAAAUUAUAGACCUCUCUUAUUUGGUAAUAAUGCAACCAGUCUCGCACUCUAUCUUUUAAUUUUUCAAAACUCUGCAGUUUGAAUUUGUCUCCUUCUUGUUCCAAGAUCUCCCAAUAUUUUGGCCAUUUGGCCUCCAUAUUGGACUUUUUUAGGGCCUUUGCCUCCAUUGGUGAUAACCACCUUGGGGUUUUAUUCUCCAAUAAGUCUUUGUAUCUUAUCCAGACAUUGAACAAUGCUUUCCUGACAAUAUGGUUUUUAAACAUUUUGUGAGCUUUAACCUUGUCAUACCACAGAUAUGCAUGCCACCCAAACACAUUAUUGAAACCUUCUAAGUCCAAUACAUCAGUAUUUUCCAGAAGUAGCCAAUCCUUCAACCAGCAGAAAGCUGCUGAUUCAUAAUAAAGUUUAAAGUCUGGCAGGGCAAAUCCCCUCUUUCUUUAGCAUCAGUCAAUAUUUUAAAUUUUAUCCUAGGCCUCUUGCCCUGCCAGACAAACUUAGAAAUAUCUCUCUGCCACUUCUUAAAACAGUCCAUUUUGUCUAUUAUUUGUAUCGAUUGAAACAAAAACAACAUUCUUGGCAAUACAUUCAUCUUGAUGACAGCAAUUCGCCCUAACAAGGAAAGCUUCAAAUUUGUCCAUAUUUCUAAAUCCUUUUAAUGUCCGACCAACAUUUUUCAUAAUUGUCUUUAAAUAAAUUCCCGUUUUUAGCUGUCAUAUGAAUCCCCAGAUAUUUCACUUUUUUACCACUGUUAAACCUGUCUCAUUCUGAAACCUCUCUUUUCAAUCGGUGUUAAAUUCUUCUCAAGUACUUUAGUUUUAAGCUUAUUCAACUUAAAACCUGCCACCUGACCAAACUCUUGAAUCAGUUCUAAUGCUCUUUUCGUACUAGAUUCUGGCUCCUGUAAUGUCAAUACAAGGUCAUCUGCAAAUGCUUUCAAUUUAUAUUGCUUCGCUCCGACCGUUAUGCCCUUAAUCAGAUGGUCCCUUCUUAUCAUAUUUAACAAAACCUCCAGAACAGAAAUAAAAAGUAAUGGGGAAAUUGGGCAGCCUUGUCGUGUCCCUUUCUCUAUCUUAAUUUCCUCUGUUAUCACAUUAUUAACUAUUAAUUUGGCUUUUUGUUCUGAGUAGAUUGCAUUUAUACCAUUUUCAAACUCUUGGCCUACCCCCAUCCCCUGAAGAUUUUUUUUCAUAAAACUCCAAGAAAUAUUGUCAAAGGCUUUCUGCAUCCACAAAAAUCAAAACUGCUUUAGUAUUGAUCUCCUCUUGCAGCUUCUCCAGUAUAUCAAUUAUGUUCCUUGUGUUGUCCGAGAGAUGUCUGUCUGGAAGAAAGCCAGCUUGGUCCUUGUGAAUCACUCCUUUUAGCACUUUUUUAAGCCUUUUUGCUAAAAUGUCAGCAAAAAUUUUGUAAUCCACAUUUAACAGGGAUAUGGGCCGGUAGUUCUUAAGCUGUGUCUUUUCAGUCUCGGCCUAUGGUAUAAGUGUAAUAAAUGCAUCUUUCCACGACUCUGGCGCUCUUUUCCCCUCUAAGAUUUCAUUACAAACCUCAGUUAAAGGUCGAAUUAACCAGUCUUUCAAAGUUCUAUAAUAUUUUGAGGUUAAACCAUCCGGUCCUGGAGAUUUUCCCAACUGCAUAUUCUGAAUGGCACCUUCAACCUCCUGUUCUGUGAUUUUAUAGUUCAACAAUAUCUUAUUGUCCUGAGAAAUUUUUUGUAAUCCAUUGGUUUUCAAAAAUUGCUCUAUCUCAAAUUCUUUCUGAGGCCCUUGUGUGUAUAGUCGUUUAAAAUAUCUCUGGAAGCAUUUCCUAAUUUCUUCUGGAUUCUGGAUAUUUUUCCCUUCCACUUCCAAAUUAGUAAUAGUAUUAAGUUUUUGUCGCGACCUUGAAAUAUGAUUUUAAAUACUUUUUGCAUUAUAUCGAGGACUGUGGGGAGAGGGACCGUGGGGAAUGGGCGGGCUGGAUGAAGGGAGAUGGAGACAAUUUUGGGCUGGAAUCCCCCAGAGACCUACUCCUCAAUGAGAAAGGAAAGAAAUUAAGAAAGAGACCAACAAAAGAGAAGGAAAAGGGCAAGUAUAAACAAGAAGAAGAAGAACUGCAGAAGGGGCAUGGAAGAGACUUAAGGGCCUCGGACAUAAGGCUUCCAGGUUGAUGGACUAGAUGGAAUGGGCAGUAAGGACUGACACGAUCCGAGACCAGGAAGAAGAGACGCUGGAUGAAGAUUGGAAGAAAAUUUAUAAAGGAAACCUUUUAUUUAGAAUUAGCUUAAUGAAUAUUAGGGGAAAUGUUGGAUUGAAACUAUAUGACUCUACCAGAAAUGAUAUCAGGAGCUAUGUAUAUUUGAAAACUAAGAUUCAAGCUUUAAGGUAUUUUGGGGUAAGAUAAGGUUAAAUAAAUUAAGGUAAUUUGAAAAACAGAAUAUGGGGAAAGAUGGAAAGGAUUUGUUGAGUUAACUAUUAGGUUAAAUUGUUAAGAUAAAUUUUUUAACAAAAAUUGAGAAAGAUGGAAAGAAUUUGCUGAAACAAUUAAUUAAACUAGAAUACAAAAAGGGAGGUGUGAGGAGGUCAAUGAAACAAGCAAAUGGAAGUUAUAGAUAUGCAAUUUGGGAUUUGUGUCCCCCCCCCCCUUUUUUAUUUUCUUUUGCUGUAUUGUUGUAUUGGUUUUUAUGUUUUGCGUUUUUCUCUUCUUUUUAUGUAUUGUAGUGUUGUUUUUUAUUUUUUAUUUUUUUUGUAAUUCUGAAAUUAUUAAUAAAUAUUAUUUUUUUUUAAAAAAGGAGAAGCGGCGCAGGGUGGCCAGAAGGCCCGGGGUAGGCCGCUGCUCACCGAGUCUGACCGAGCCUGGUGCCGCCUCGAGUCCCGGAAGAAAUCUGAUGUGUGGUGGGUCUACCUGGGUGAGUCCCACGGGCCCUGGUUGAACCUGAGGCAGCGCAGCUGCUGGAGCGAUGCCACUUACUUGCUGGGACUGGAACGGGAGCAGCGGACUGGGCGCCGCGGGUGAGAACCGGCGGGGAGAACGGGCCGUGGGGUUCCUUCACCCACUGGGCAGCUGGCAGCAGAGGCAGCCGCCGUUGUUCCUGCUGUGAUGUAAC